UGUUCAGGUCCCGACCUUGUGAAGACAUAGUUGAGAGCACCAUGCAGAAAUUGGACGGAACCACCAGUAACAUACAGUGACUGGAAACAGAGGGAGAAACUGGGGAGAAGAAGAGCAGUAUGGCAGUCUUUAAUAAGCUCGAUAAUGUGGAAGACCUCUAUGAGAUUGGAGAAGUAAUUGGGAGGUAAGGAUGGUCAUUAUAAAAGGUAUUCUUGUAUGAGGCUGUUUAAGUGAGGAAGGUAUUAUAACUCUGAAUUCAGUUACUUUUCAAGGUCAAUUUUGCAUAUGCUGUCUUGUUGCAUAGGUCAAUGUUAACUCAAAUUCAAUGUAAGCAAUUGGAAUAAUAAAUAAAUGGACCGAAUUGUGAAUAGAAAGAAAGUACUCAUGUCUGAGUCUUGUUGCUUUUCAACAUCACAAAUGACAUUGCAGGACAGCUACAUAAAUAAAUAUGUGUUGUGUUCAGGAGGAAUGUAUUUUUAUUGGACAAGCUCAGGUAGUACCUACCCAUUUCAAAACGUUUCCAAACAACUAAAUAAAUUGUUGCACUCUGUCGCCGCCCCAGUGGCCACUUUGGGCAGGUGCGGGAGGUGCGCGAGCGGGCCACAGGGGCUCGCUGGGCUGGGAAGUUUCUGAAGAUUAGGAAGUGCGCCAGCAGCCGGCUGGGCGUGGAGAGGAAGAGCGUGGAGCGGGAGGUGGAGGUCCUGCAGGCCCUGCAGCAUCCCAACAUCAUGGCCCUAAAAGAUGUGUUCGAGAGCCGGGCCGAGGUGGUGCUGGUGCUUGAGCUGUGAGUGGAGGAGGGAGAAAACAAUACUAUUUGAACCCAGGUCAUACAUGCAGGGCAAGUCAUUGAUUCCAUUGAAGUGGCUGAAUUAUGUAGUAGAGUUAAGUUCUAACACUCCUCUCCAUUUAUUUUCCUCCUUUCUCUUUCAGUAUUAAUGGAGGAGAGCUGUUUGACUUCAUCGCUGAGAAGGAGAACCUGACAGAGAGCGAAGCCAUCGAGUUCAUGAAGCAGAUACUACUGGGCGUGGGCUUUAUGCACAGCAAACAAAUAGGCCAUUUUGACCUAAAGGUAAAUUAUGCUAAUGUAUUGAUUUUACAUACUGCAAUAGUCUGUAGUAGUGAUUUACCUCCCCAAUAACACUGGUAAUGUAGUAGUACGCAUAAAAAUAGUAACACAUCAAAGCCUGUUCAUUUAUUUAAUCUAAAAUCCCAGGCCUUUAGGUAUAAGUACUUGAAGUGAAAAGAGCAUAUCUGUAUUCAUCCAUCCCAAAACAAACAUGCUGACACGGCUACUUAUUAGCAGAAACAUCCACAGGUGCCACUAAAGGGAGUGUGCCUGUUCACUAGUGUUGACGAACAUGCUGUUUGCGUGCUGGUUGGUCAGCAUGCAGUUGACCAUUAUGGUCAGAUUGACCUCAUUUUGCAUGUAACAUGUUUACUCCCCUUCCCCGAUCAGCCGGAAAACAUCAUGCUGUCAGACAAGAUGGCGCCAAACACCGACAUUAAGAUCAUCGACUUUGGGCUGGCCCACCGCUUCCAGCCAGGGGAGGAGUACAAGUGCAUGAGUGGCACCCCCCAGUACAUUCGUGAGUAGUACAGUCCUUUCAUAUGAGUUAGGCCCAGUUUAAAUACCAUGUAAAUGCAUCCUUCCUCUACCGUCGCUGUGAUGUACUUACUGACAUGACUGGAUUCUUGAGUACUAUGUAGUGAAACCCAUCGCUUACGUUAUAUCUAAUUGUCCCACCAGUGAUUGAGGUAGGAAGGAUACUGAAGAAAAGGACUAGGACAGACUAAGCUAGGUUCAGGACUGUUUCUGCCACCAUGGUGCAUCAGUCAGAAUGAGAAUCAGGAGAUGGAGCCGGAAUCCAGGUUUAGGGGUAUUUAUUACACCAAGUUAGAACACAGGAACAAACAGAGGUAGGGCUUGUAAGGGCGGUUAGAAGGAUGUGCUUUAGGAUGUGGCUUGUAAGGCCUUGGAGAUAGGAUUGGAUGUAGUGGUCUCGAAGGGAGUUACAAAAGGGAAACAUUAUGAACACAACAUAAAGCUGCACACAUGACAAAGUAAUUCCUUGUGACUUACAGGGAAUGGGCUUAACAUAAAACUAAAAACUAAGGAGGCUGCCAGGGCUAAACAUAAAAGGUGCAUUAGCAUGGAUAUAAAGGAUACAACAUAACAAGUUCAGGCAGCAUAAUAUACAUGGUUAACUUACUUAAUCAUAUCAAGCAGGAUGGCAUCACCAAGAAAACUAUUAUAGUGUGUAGGAAGGAGCAUACCACUUAAAUAGGACCUGAAAGGGGUGGAAAAAGGCGGUGGUGGCAUGAUUUAGGAGUGGAAACAGGUGUGGUGGAAAGGGGCGCGGUCUAGGGUAAUUGGAGACAAUUAGAAGACUGUAUGAGUGGCAUGACCCUUCACAACAGAUGCAUUAUUAAAGAAUUGGAACAGGCCACUUGUAAUGCAGUGCCUAUGUGGCUGAGGUCCCUACUGUGUUCUGUGGAAGUGAGCGUGUAUUUCCAGGUCCAGGGGUUUCCAUGGAGACCGUGCAAGAAGUGCAGUGUCAUGAUCUGGGUUGAUGGUGUUAUGAUAAACUAGGGUGGUUGCAAUUCCAGUUGAAACAGGAAGUGAUUUGGAUGAUGUAGGAUAGUUGCCAUUUCAGUCAUAACUAAAAUACACCCCCAACCCAGACCAUUUUAAGAAACCUCUUAUCAAUAUAAUAAUUAUAUUCUACAUAUAUUCAAAAUCGACAUAUUAUUAAUUCAGCAUAUCACAAAACAAAAAUGCAUGAUAAAGCAAAAAUAUCCUUAAAAUCCAAUUAGAUUUGUAAACCACAGGUAGUUUGCCCCAAGACAAAGAGCUGUUGUCAAACACUAGCUGCUUCAACACAGAUUUGGCCAGCAUGAUAAGGUUGGCAUGGUUACAAAUCUUUUCCUGUUUGGAAUUCAAAUGUUUUUUCCCAGCAGUAGCAGCGACAGUACUGUAGGUUUAAAUAAUACAAUGCAACUGGUGGAGGAAGUUAUCUCAAAGCCACUGGGGUUGUUUGACUUGUAGGAACAAUCUAUUAAUGGUUUUCUGACGAAUGCAGUGUUCAGUUUGCAUUCUUAACUAUGUGAAAUUGUUCCUUCAGGCAGUGUGAAGUCUGACAGGCCUUCUGGGCUUGUCAUAAAUGCAGCUACAUGCAUAGACAAGUGUCUCCGAUUGCUUUAUUGGAAUGAAAUACAAUUUGUAGAUAUUGCCAAAGCAGUAUAGUGGUAGAGCAUUUCAGUAAAUACAAGGGAAAGGGGAUACCUAGUCAGUUGCACAACUGAAUGCAUUCAACUGAAAUGCGUAUUCCUCAUUUAACCCAACCCCUCUGAAUAAAAGAGGUGCGGGUGCUGCCUUAAUCGACGUUCACGUCAUCGGCACCAAGGGAGCAGUUUUUGUUGUUGGGGGUUAACUGCCUUCCUCAAGGGCAGAACGGCAGAUCUUUCCAUCUUGCUGGCUCGGGGAUUCGAACCACCGACCUUUCGGUUACUGGCCAAAUGCUCUAAACUGCUAAGCUACCUAGUAAUAAUAAUAGUACAUAAACAUGAUUCUUUUUUAAAAUCUCAUCUCUCUCUCUCUCAGCCCCUGAAGUGAUCAACUACGAACCUCUGAGCACAGCUGUCGACAUGUGGUGAGUGUGUGUACUGCCGUCUCUUCCAACCUACACACUUGUAUAUACAGACACCUAAAUGGAACCUCAAAACACACCCAUCCCACACCCCUGAUAUAUACGAAAAAUGUCCCCCUUCCAUCUUGAUGAAUAAGCCCUUGGGAUGCGUUUGGGCGUGUGUAGGCACGCUUUCCCUAAAAGCAGUGUGACUGUUUCUGGUUGAAUGCAUUAGGUACACCCUAUGUGUUCAGACACUGUAUAACAAUCUGAUUCUCUAGUGGGUUUCGGCUAGAUACUGUGUUGUUUUUUUGACACAGAAAUGAACUGGUCGGAGUCUGGACCAACGGAGGGUUGGACUUGAUUGUAGUACAGUAGAAUAUGAGUGUAUCCAGACGCACUCCAGCCCAGCGUUAAUAAAUGGUGCUCAAAACUGAGGGACUUUAAAAAAAUAAAAAAUCGUACCCCAGGACACUUAACAUUGUGACUAUCCCCCAAAAAGUAAAGGAGCAUUCAGAUGUCUGCGUUGAUCUUUGAGGUUUAUUUUAGGGACAAACAGACAGGCUUAUGUUUUUGAUGUGUCAUGCCCCUCCUCCAGAGCCUUAGACAGGAAACUGCCAGAGGAAGCUGAUUAUAGUACUUUUAGAAAUAUGAAAGCAAGCGUUAAAAAACUACUCACCACAACAGCUCUAAUGUCUACAUCCUUUGGAAUAAAGUUAAGAUAUUGAGAUAAGAACUGUGUCUCUCUAGGCCUCUGUGAUCAAAAUAACCACAACUAAGUUCUUUCUUUGUUUGUGUUUGCCUCCCCCAAUAGGAGCAUCGGAGUGAUCACCUACAUACUGUAAGUUGGGGGAGAAAAUGGGGGUGCUACUGUAUGUUUGGAUUCACACAUACAGCAUUCUGUUACGUUACAGCCUCAUUCUAAAUUGAUUAAUUGUUUUUUCCCGUCAUCAAUCUACACACAAUACCCCAUAAUGACGAAGCAAAAACAGGUUUGUUAUACAUUUUUGCAAAUUUAUAAAAAAAAAAAACUGGAAAUAUCACAUUUACAUAAGUAUUCAGACCCUUUACUCAGUACUUUGUUGAAGCACCUUUGGCAGCGAUUACAGCUACGAGUCUUCCUGGGUAUGACGCUACAAGCUUGGAACACCUGUAUUUGGGGAGUUUCUCUCUUUCUUCUCUGCAGAUCCUCUCAAGCUCUGUCAGGUUGGAUGGGGAGCGUCGCUGCACAGCUGUUUUCAGGUCUCUCCAGAGAUGUUUGAUCGGGUUCAAGUCCGGGCUCUGGCUGGGCCACUGAAGGACAUUCAGAGACUUGUCCCGAAGCCACGCCUGCGUUGUCUUGGCUGUGUGCUUAGGGUCGUUGUCCUGUUGGAAAGGGAACCUUCGCCCCAGUCUGAGGUCCUGAGUGCUCUGGAGUAGGUUUUCAUCAAGGAUCUCACUGUACUUUGAUACGUUCAUCUUUCCCUCGAUCCUGACUAGUCUCCCAGUCCCUGCCGCUUAAAAACAUCCCCACAGCAUGAUUCUGCCAAGCCAUGUCGAAGGAAUUGUCCGUAGAGCUCCGAGACAGGAUUGUGUCGAGGCACAGAUCUGGGGAAGGGUACUAAAACAUUUCUGCAGCAUUGAAGGUCCCCAAGAACACAGGGACCUCCAUCAUUCUUAAACAGCAGAAGUUUGGAACCACCAAGUCUCUUCCAAGAGCUGGCCGCCCAGCCAAACUGAGCAAUCGGGGGAGAAGGGCCUUGGUCAGGGAGGUGACCAAGAACCCGAUGGUCACUCUGACAGAGCUCUAGAGUUCCUCUGUGGAGAUGGGAUAACCUUUCAGAAGGACAACCAUCUCUGCAGCACUCCACCAAAUAGGCCUUUAUGGUAGAGCGGCCAGACGGAAGCCACUCCUCAGUAAAAGGCACGAGCACUCAGGACCUCAGACUGGGUCGAAGGUUCAUCCAGACCACUCAGGACCUCAGACUGGGGGCGAAGGUUCACCUUCCAACAGGACAACGACCCUAAGCACACAGCCAAGACAAUGCAGGCGUGGCUUCGGGAAAAGUCUCUGAAUGUCCUUGAGUGGCCCAGCCAGAGCCCAGACUUGAACCCGAUCGAACAUCUCUGGUGAGACCUGAAAAUAGUUGUGCAGCAACGCUCCCCAUCCAACCUGACAGAGCUUGAGAGGAUCUGCAGAGAAGAAUGGGAGAAACCUCCCAAAUACAGGUGUGCCAAGCUUGUAGCAUCAUACCCAAGAAGACUUGAGGCUGUAAUCGCUGCCAAAGGUGCUUCAACAAAGUACUAAAUAAAGGGUCUGAAUACUUAUGCAAAUGAAAUAUUUCCUUUUUGUCUUUUUUAAAAAUAAAUUAGCAAAGAUUUAUAAAAACCUGUUUUUGCUUUGUCAUUAUGGGGUAUUGUGUGUAGAUUAAUGAGGAGAAAAAAAACAAUUGAAUCAAUUAUUGAAUAAGGCUGUAACCUAACAAAAUGUGGAAAAAGUCAAGGGGUCUGAGUACUUCCCGAAGACACUGUGUAUGUAUAUAUAUAUAUUCCCCUAACCCUACCACCCCUCCCCAAAUGUAGAGUAAACUAAUGGACAACACUUAGGCUUCCACUUCCAGCUUAUACAUACUAUAUACAUUUUACAGACACAGUAUAUUUUUACAAUAGCUAUCUUUUGUUUGUUUUUAGUCCCAUCCUUCAGCUACCCUCAACCCCUUCCAUCUAUCUCAGAAGACCAUCCAGUUUUGAUUUCUAUUUGCCAUAUAUUUUUCAACUGUGCUGUGAUGUUUCACAAAAGUUCUGAACCUUUCUAUUCUAAUAGUUUCUACAGAUUAAAGAUACAUUUAAAGAUAAACAAUUUUGCUAAGAGUAUUAUUAUAUUAUUGAUCGAUUUACUAUGACUUUUCAAAUCACCCAGCAGUGCUAUUUGCAGAGUUAAUCAGAUAGGUAUUAGCAUUGUGGCAAUAGCACCAUCUUCCUCUCUCUUGACUUGGAAUUGGGCAAUAGUAACAUCAACCUUCUUUCCUCCGACUCCCCUUUAUUUUUCCAGACUGAGUGGUAUGUCCCCGUUCCAAGGGGACACGGACGAAGAGACGCUGAGGAACAUCAUAGCCCUGAACUACAAGUUUGAUGACCACCACUUCAGCAUGACCAGCGCCAUGGCCAAAGACUUCAUCCAGAAGCUCUUCGUGAAAGAUCAAAAGUAAAUAAUGCAUUGGUCAUGGGUAAUUUGGCCUAUUACGAUGUCCUUUUACGAUGUCAAUACAAAUAUGGAAUGGUGACUGGAAUAGUGAAUGCAUCACUUAUUUUGUGUUUUUUUUCAGCCACUAUAUUUUAUUUUCAGCCUCUAUUGAUAGAAUAGGAACUGUGUAUUGUAUGAAUAGAUCACCCUUUGUCUGUCUCUCUGUGGUUACUUGUCUGUCUCUGUGUAGUGAGAGAACGACAGCUGAGAAUGCCAGCUUUCUAUUUCAGACGCUAUUGAUAGAAUAUGAACUCGGGUAUGAAAUUAAUAGAUUACCGCCUGUAGUGUCUGUGUCUGUGUGUGCACUGUUCUUAUUGUCUCUCUGUCGGUCUGUCUCUGUGUAGUGUGAGAAUUACAGCUGAGGAGUGUCUACACCACCCCUGGAUCAAGGUGAGAGUCAGCAGCACAAGGCUUUGCACCUUACAAACUGUUUAAUAUGUGAAGGAUAAACGCUAACCUUGGAAUUAGUGGACAACGCAGCGGGACGAGGCGGAGUCGAGGUAAUGUACAGAACGUUGGCGUUUAUCCCGCUUAUACCACAGUUGCCAAAGAAAACAAUACUAUAAGCACACAUUUACUGCUAGAAAUAAAACAUUUUCGUUAAUAUUUUCAUUUAUAUAAGCAAAUUCAUACUUUCUCAUCUUUUGGUUGCUAGAGACGCGACCCAGUCGUUCGUUCGAUUACUUUGAUAUUUAUGGACGUGACCCAGUCGUUCGUUCUUUAUGUUCCGUUGCCAUGCUCGCUGGCAAUGUUCUUAUCCAUUGCUUGGCUAACACAGUCACGACCUCUGCAGUAGCUGUUUUCUAUUGACAUUCAUUUGGAUACAUCCAUAACAAUGAGCUGAUAAUGCCCGAUUUUGCCUGGCAUAGCUAGAAGAGUUUGCCUUCUCAUCAGGACACUCGACACUGUUCAUUACGAGGAGAUUGCAUUUCAUAUCAAACACUAGGCUAGAAGCUAGCUAAAUAGAUUGUUGCUAGCAAACCUGCCAAUAUAACAAGCAAAUAAAAAAAUAUCCGUUGCUGAAAACAGCUGGUCAAACCAGAAACGUGGUAAUAUUUGACAGCAUAGCGCCACUUGCGUCUUGAAUGCAACAGUAGGGACCAGAGAAAUUAAUUUUCAUCACUCACCACGUUAGGACAUCAGAUGCUCCCCAAAAAAAUUUCUGCAAAAACAAAUCAAUGGUAGCUAGUUGUUACCUACCCUUACCACCUGGGGGCGGCCCGUCAGGAAGUCCAGGAUCAAGUUGCAGAGGGAGGUGUUUAGUCCCAGGGUCCUUAGCUUAGUGAUGAGCUUUGAGGACACUAUGGUGUUGAACGCUGAGCUGUAGUCAAUGAAUAGCAUUCUCACGUAGGUGUUCCUUUUGUCCAGGUGGGAAAGGGCAGUGUGGAGUGCAUAGAGAUUGCAUAAUCUGUGGAUCUGUUGGGGCGGUAUGCAAAUUGGAGUGGGUCUAGGGUUUCUGGGAUAAUGGUGUUGAUGUGAGCCAUGACCAGCCUUUCAAAGCACUUCAUGGCUACAGACAUGAGUACUACGGGUCGGUAGCCAUUUAGGCAGGUUACCUUAGUGUUCUUGGGCACAGGGACUAUGGUGGUCUGCUUGAAACAUGUUGGUAUUACAGACUCGGUCAGGGACAGGUUGAAGAUGUCAGUGAAGACACUUGCAAGUUGGUCGGCGCAUGCUCGGAGUACACGCCCUGGCAAUCCGUCUGGCCCUGCGGCCUUGUGAACUUUGACCUCUUUAAAGGUCUUUCUCACAUCGGCUACGGAAAGCGUGAUCACACAGUCGUCUGGAACAGCUGAUGCGCUCAUGCAUGCUUCAGUGUUGCUUGCUCAAAGCGAGCAUAAAAUUAAUUUAGCUUGUCUGGUAGGCUCGUGUCACUGGGCAGCUCGCGGCUGUGUUUCCCUUUGUAGUCCGUAAUAGUUUGCAAGCCCUGCCACGUCCGACGAGCGUCGUAGCCGGUGUAGUACGAUUCAAUCUUAGUCCUGUAUUGACGCUUUGCCUGGUUGAUGGUUUGUCGGAGGGCAUAGCGGGAUUUCUUAUAAGCGUCCGGGUUAGAGUCCCACUCCUUGAAAGCGGCAGCUCUACUCUUUAGCUCAGUGUGGAUGUUGCCUGUAAUCCAUGGCUUCUGGUUGGGGUAUGUACGUACGGUCACUGUGGGGACGACGUCAUCGAUGCACUUAUUGAUGAAGCCAGUGACUGAUGUGGUGUACUCCUCAAUGCCAUCGGAAGAAUCCCGGAACAUAUUCCAGUCUGUGCUAGCAAAACAGUCCUGUAGUUUAGCAUCUGCAUCAUCUUACCACUUCUGUAUUGAGCGAGUCACUGGUACUUCCUGCUUUAGUUUUUGCUUGUAAGCAGGAAUCAGGAGGAUAGAAUUCUGGUCAGAUUUGCCAAAUGGAGGGCGAGGGAGAGCUUUGUAGUGGCAGGGGACUCUGUGUGUGGAGUAAAGGUGGUCUAGAGUUUUUUCCCCUCUGGUUGCACAUUUAACAUGCUGGUAGAAAUGAGGUAAAACUGAUUUAAGUUUCCCUGCAUUAAAGUCCCCUGCCACUAUUAGCGCCGCCUCUGGAUGAGCAUUUUCUUGUUUGCUUAUGGCCUUAUACAGCUCGUUGAGUGCGAUCUUAGUGCCAGCAUCGGUUUGUGGUAGUAAAUAGACAGCUACGAAAAUAUAGUGCACGUUUAGUAUGUGUAUUUGUUUUUAAUCUCUACAUUGGUUAAUUUAAUCUCCUUCACUUAUUAUCUCUCCCACUCUUUUAGCCUCUUACACAAAAACAGGUUGCCAAUAGGAAUCGCUCCUCCAUCAACAUGAAGAACUUUAAGAAGUUCAAUGCCAAGAGGAAAUGGAAGGUCAGUAGGAUAUAUGUCCUAUUUAUAUAAUAUCAUUUUAUGCCAUAUCACAUAUUAUUAUGACACUGAAUAAAGCCCAAAUCUUGGAAAUAUGCAUGUGUUUUAUUAAACAGAUAAUGAAAUCAAACUGAGGUCAUUGCUACAUAGUCAAUUAUUUUCUUCUGGAGCUAAAUGAACAAAUAGGACAUGAACGUGAGGCAGCAAUGUUUUGUUCGAAAGGCCCUUUUCAAGUCUACUCCCUAAGGGGCAAACCAGCUUUCAAAAGAAUAGGCUGCGAAUUUUGUUAAAAGGCGUCAAAAUAUUUUAAAGGCAUGCGAAGUUUGGUAGGCUACGAAAUAUUUCAGGCUGAAGUUUGGUCAAAAGCUGCUAAAAUAUUUCGGUCUGCUCAAUAUUUCGGCCAGUGAAAUAUUUCAUGCUGUGAAGUUUUGUGAAAAGCUACUAAAUAGUUUAAUAUUUCAAAGACCAUCUAAAUAUUUCAAGCCGAAAAGUUUGUUAAAGAGAAAUAUUUUUCCCUGCGAUGUUUGUUGAAAUGAACACCACUAGCUAGUUAGCUACGUAGUUAGCAGCGGUAACAAGUUAGCUACGACGUUAGCAGCGCUAGCUAGUUAACUACAUCGUUAGCAACCCUAGCUAACAACGCUAGUUAGCUACAUCAUUUGCAGCGCUAGCUACAACCAUAGCAGCACUAUCUAUUCAGCUAUGUCAUUAGCAGCGCUAGGUAUUUAGCUAUAACAUUAGCAGCGCUAGCUAGCUACAUCACUAGCUAGCUACGUUGUUACUAACUGCUAACAAUAUUUAGGGGUGGGGGGAGUUGUCAUGUCCGCAGAAGAGUGGGGGCGAGGGGGGUUGAGGGUUGAAGUAAUACGUAUAUCACCAAAGAAGAAGCAGAAAUAGGAUAAGAAAACACCCCUCCAUUAAAACCCCCAGAAGAAGACCAUUACCCAUGUCAUGAUUAGGGAUCCAAGUCCUGGAUGUCGCCCUGAUAUAGUGUACUGUACAUUGUAACGUUGAAAGAACUUUGAUUGCCUUCAAUGGUUACAGCAUUUAUUAAAAAUCUGUUUUACAAAAUAAUGACUCGAACUUGGGGAAAUUUCCAGUAGAGGUGAGAAGUACCAGAAACUGAUUCCCUAAUCAUAUGACAAGGGUUGAGGGUUGAAGUCAUGCAUUCGGAAAGUUUUCAGACUUUCCCCUUUUCCACAUUUUGUUAUGUUACAGCCUAAUUCUAAAAUUGAUUAAAUUGUUUUUUUCCCCUCAUCAAUCUACACACAAUAAGGCAAAAAAAAGUAUUCAGACUAGUCUCCCAGAUGGCCACUGAAAAACAUCCCCACAGAAUGAUGCUGCCACCACCAUGCUUCACUGUAGGGAUGGUGCCAGGUUUCCUCCAGACGUGACGCUUGGCAUUCAGGCCAAAGAGUUCAAUCUUGGUUUCAUCAGACCAGAGAAUCUUGUUUCUCAUGGCUUGAGAGUCUUUUAGGUGCCUUUUGGCAAACUCCAAGUGGGCUGUCAUGUGCCUUUUACUGAGGAGUGGCUUCCGUCUGGCCAUAAAGGCCUGAUUGGUGGAGUGCUGCACAGAUGGAUGUCCUUCUGGAAGGUUCUCCCAUCUCUACAGAGGAACUCUAGAGCUCUGUCAGAAUGACCAUUGGGUUAUUGGUCACCUCCCUGACCAAGGCCUUUCUCUCCCGAUUUCUCAGUUUGGCAGGGGGGCCAGCUCUAGGAAGAGUCAUGGUGGUUCCAAACUUCUUCCAUUUAAGAAUGAUGGAGGCCACUGUGUUCUUGGGGACCUUCAAUGCUGCAAAUAUUUUUUGGUACCCAUCCACAGAUCUGUGCCUCGACACAAUCCUGUCUCGGAGCUCUACGGACAAUUCCUUCGACCUCAUGGCUUGUUUUUUGCUCUGACAUGCACUGUCAACUGUGGGACCUUAUAUAGACAGGUGUGUGCCUUUCCAAAUAAUGUCCAAUCAAUUGAAUUUACUACAGGUGGACUCCAAUCAAGUUGUAGAAAAAUCUGAAGGAUGAUCAAUGGAAACAGGAUGCACCUGAGUUCAAUUUCGAGUCUCAUAGCAAAGGGAUGAAUACUUAUGUAAUAAGGUAUUUCUGUUUUUUAUUUGUAAUAAAUUAGCAAAAAUGUCUAAAAACCAGUUUUCGCUUUGUCAUUAUGGGGUAUUGUGUGUAGAUUGAUGAGGGAAACAUGUAUUUAAUCCAUUUUUAGAAUAAGGCUGUAAUGUAACAAAAUGUGGAAAAAGGGAAGGUGUCUGAAUACUUUCCGAAUGCACUGUACAUUUUCUGGUACUUCUCACCUCUACUAGUUCUUUCAGCGCUACAACGUACACCAUAUCACCAGUAGCGGUGCGUGGGUAACAUCACUGGGGAGGCCAGGAAAAAAAUGCCAUAUUACAACCUAUGUGUUGUGAUAAUUGCCUUGUUUGCUCUAUAACCUGUAAGGUCAUAUGCCUUGCAACCUGAUAUAUAGGCCUAAGGCUUAGACAAUAAGAAGACAGUAGCAGAAUAAAUUCAUCACAAAACUGGAGAGCAACAUCUGUCUGGUGAAAUCCACAAAGCAUAUUAGAUGUAACAAACCGUUACAUGACCUACAGCAUGGUCAAUCAAGUUAAUGUUUCAGACAUUUUCGGACUACUAAACAACUAUUGACUUAGAACACCAGAGAGAUACCGUCAGUUGCAAAGAAAACAGGAGCUGCCUCCACUAUUCCAGCACCAUUUCAACUUCAACAUUUCAACAGCAUCACAACACCUAUGCUUAAGUCUAAUACAGUGACAACUAAAAAAUUCCAAAAACAAUUUAGUCCAAUCAACGUAAGCUAAAUAUCAUGGUCCAUGGUACUGAUUUCUCUGUGUGUGUUUGUGUGUAAGCGUAAGUAUUUUUUUUUAAACUGUUGAUUCACCCUACUUCUAGAGAAAUGCAAUUGCCAUCCUCCUCUCUUUCAUGUUGCCGAAACGGUCUAUGACUAUCACCAUUAUAAUCAUUGGCCAUUCGCCAUCCCUAUCUCCAUCCAUGGCUAAUUUAGGAAAGGGCCAAUUUUAGUUAGCUAGCUAGCCACCCGAGGACAAUAACACAACAAGAUUCAACAAUUCAAGUAUUUUUCUGUCAAUGACGUUUGGCUUCAGAUGUAAUGUGAUUGGUGUGAAGCCAAAUCCAAACUGGCUUCCGAUGUAAUGUGAUUGGUGUGAAGCCAAAUCCAAACUGGCUUCCCUUGACACUCUAGGACCAUUCAUAGUUGAGCUCACUCAGUUUAGCUCAACGCUGAUUGGCUAUUAUUGUAUAAAAAAUUCAUCAAGGGAAGCCAAAUGCUUGCUGGUUUCCCUUGCAUUCAAUGCUACGGGCGUCAACAAUAUCAUACUAGACAGCAUCAGAUAGAUGGGCUACACAUAGAGACAGAGGGACGCUGUUUCGCUUGGAUGCUUUCUCCGGUGAGAUACAUUCAGCCUCUUGCGAAUUGAAAAUUAUGACACAGAGAGACAAAAGAUAAAAUACAUAUUUAUUUAUUUUUUCUUUGUAAAGCUUUUGGGGAAGCCUGGCUUCCCUUCGCAUCCAUGCCACUGCAUAUCACCAUAUCAGGGCGACAUCCAGGACUUGGAUCCCUAAUCACAUGACAUUGGUUAUGGCUUCUCACUUUUCUUCUGGAGUUUUAAUGGAGGGACUUUUUCUUGUCAUAUUCACAGCCUGAAAUAUUUCGCUGGCAGAAGUACUGAGCAGGCCUUUGAAAUAUUUUGCAGGUUUUUAACAAACUUUAUAGCCUGAAAUAUUUCGCUGGUUUAAAUAUUGAGCAGGCCUUUGAAGUAUUUCACAGCCUACCAAACUUCUCAGGCCUUUCAAAUAUUUCAACGCCUUUUAACAAACUUUGCAGCCUAUUAUUUUGAAAGCUGGUUUGUUUGCCUCUUAGGGUCACAGUACAAAGCAAAUUACAUUAUUUGUAUUUGUAUUUAUUAUGGAUCCCCAUACUCUUCCUGGGAUCCGGCAAAAUUAAGGCAGUUAUACAAUUUUAAAAACAUUACAAUACAUUCAUAACAGAUUUCACAAGACACUAAGUGUGUGCCCUCAGGCCCCUAAUCCACUACCACAUAUCUACAACACAAAAUCCAUGUGUACGUGUGUGUAUAGUGCGUAUGUUAUCAUGUGUGUGUAUGCAUGUGUCUGUGCCUAUGUUUGUGUUGCUUCACAGUCUCCGCUGUUCCAUAAGGUGUAUUUGUAUCUGUUUUUUAAUCUGAUUCUACUGCUUGCAUCAGUUACCUGAUGUGGAAUAGAGUUCCAUGUAGUCAUGGCUCUAUGUAGUACUGUGCGCCUCCCAUAGUCUGUUCUGGACUUGGGGACCGUGAAGAGACCUCUGGUGGCAUGUCUUGUGUGGUAUGAAAUGGUGUCUGAGCUGUGUGCUAGUCGUUUAAACAGACAGCUCGGUGCUUUCAACAUGUGAUUAAGUCAAUCUCUCCUCCACUUUGAGCCAGGAGAGAUUGACAUGCAUAUUAUUCAUGUUUGCUCUAUGUGUACAUCCAAGGGCCAGCCGUGCUGCCCUGUUCUGAGCCAAUUGCAAUUUUCCUAAGUCCCUCUUUGUGGCACCUGACCACACGACUGAACAGUAGUCCAGGUGCGACAAAACUAGAGCCUGUAGGACCUGCCUUGUUGAUAGUGUUGAUAGUGUUGUUAAGAAGGUAGAGCAGCACUUUAUUAUGGACAGACUUCUCCCCAUCUUAGCUACUGUUGUAUCAAUAUGUUUUGUUUACAAUCCAGGGUUACUCCAAGCCAUUUAGUCACCUCAACUUGCUCAAUUUUCACAUUAUUUAUUACAAGAUUUAGUUUAAGUUUACAAUGCUUUUUGUUUUUGCCCUGGGGAAUUACUAAUUCUACCUGGAUUUAUCCACAAUAUAGCAGGGGGUGUAAAGCCAUAACACAUACGUUUUUCCAGCAGCAGACUAUGAUCGAUAAUGUCAAAAGCUGCACUGAAGUCGAACAAAACAGCCCCCACAAUCUUUUUAUCAUCAAUUUCUCUCAGCCAAUCAUCAGUCAUUUGUGUAAGUGCUGUGCUUGUUGAAUUUUCUUCCCUGUAAUUAUUCGGAAAGUCUGUUGUCAAUUUGUUUAUUGUAAAAUAGCAUUGUAUCUGGUCAAACACAAUAUAUUCCAAAACUUUACUAAGGGUUGGUAACAGGCUGAUUGGUCGGCUGUUUGAGCCAGUAAAGUGGGCUUUACUAUUCUUAGGUAGCGGAAUUACUUUUGCUUCCCUCCAGGCCUGAGGGCACACAUUUUCUAGUAGGCUUAAAUUGAAGAUGUGGCAAUAUCGUCCGCUAUUAUCCUCAGUAAUAUUCCAUCCAAGUUGUCAGACCCCGGUGGCUUGUUAUUGUUGAUAGACAACAAUAGUUUUUUCACCUCUUCCACACUCCCUUUACGGAAUUCAAAAUUACAAUGCUUGUCUUUCAUAAUUUGGUCAGAUACAGUGAGGGGAAAAAAGUAUUUGAUCCCCUGCUGAUUUUGUAUGUUUGCCCACUGAUAAAGACAUGAUCAGUCUAUAAUUUUAAUGGUAGGUUUAUUUGAACAGUGAGAGACAGAAUAACAACAACAGAAAUCCAGAAAAACGCAUGUCAAAAAUGUUAUUAAUUGAUUUGCAUUUUAAUGAGGGAAAUAAGUAUUUGACCCCUCUACAAAACAUGACUUAGUACUUGGUGGCAAAACCCUUGUUGGCAAUCACAGAGGUCAGACAUUUCUUGUAGUUGGCCACCAGGUUUGCACACAUCUCAGGAGGGAUUAUGUCCCACUCCUCUUUGCAGAUCUUCUCCAAGUCAUUAAGGUUUCGAGCCUGACGUUUGACAACUCGAACCUUCAGCUCCCUCCACAGAUUUUCUAUGGGAUUAAGGUCUGGAGACUGGCUAGGCCACUCCAGGACCUUAAUGUGCUUCUUCUUGAGCCACUCCUUUGUUGCCUUGGCCGUGUGUUUUGGGUCUUUGUCAUGCUGGAAUACCCAUCCACAACCCAUUUUCAAUGUCCUGGCUGAGGGAAGGAGUUUCUCACCCAAGAUUUGACGGUACAUGGCCCCGUCCAUCGUCCAUUUGAUGCGGUGAAGUUGUCCUGUCCCCUUAGCAGAAAAACACCCCCAAAGCAUAAUGUUUCCACCUCCAUGUUUGACGGUGGGGAUGGUGUUCUUGCGGUCAUAGGCAGCAUUCCUCCUCCUCCAAACACGGCGAGUUGAGUUGAUGCCAAAGAGCUCGAUUUUGGUCUCAUCUGACCACAACAUUUUCACCCAGUUCUCCUCUGAAUCAUUCAGAUGUACAUUGGCAAACUUCAGACGGGCCUGUAUAUGUGCUUUCUUGAGCAGGGGGACCUUGCGGGCGCUGUAGGAUUUCAGUCCUUCACAGCGUAGUGUGUUACCAAUUGUUUUCUUGGUGACUAUGGUUCCAGCUGCCUUGAGAUCAUUGACAAGAUCCUCCCGUGUAGUUCUGGGCUGAUUCCUCACCGUUCUCAUGAUCAUUGCAACUCCACGAGGUGAGAUCUUGCAUGGAGCCCCAGGCCGAGGGAGAUUGACAGUUAUUUUGUGUUUCUUCCAUUUGCGAAUAAUCGCACCAACUGUUGUCACCUUCUCACCAAGCUGCUUGGCGAUGGUCUUGUAGCCCAUUCCAGCAUUGUAUAGGUCUACGAUCUUGUCCCUGACAUCCUUGGAGAGCUCUUUGGUCUUGGCCAUGGUGGAGAGUUUGGAAUCUGAUUGAUUGAUUGCUUCUGUGGACAGGUGUCUUUUAUACAGGUAACAAGCUGAGAUUAGGAGCACUCCCUUUAAGAGUGUGCUCCUAAUCUCAGCUCGUUACCUUAAUAAAAGACACUUAGGAGCCAGAAAUCUUUCUGAUUGAGAGGGGGUCAAAUACUUUUUUCCCUCAUUAAAAUGCAAAUCAAUUUAUAACAUUUUUGACAUGCGUUUUUCUGGAUUUUGUUGUUGUUAUUCUGUCUCUCACUGUUCAAAUAAACCUACCAUUAAAAUUAUAGACUGAUCAUGUCUUUGUCAGUGGGCAAACGUACAAAAUCAGCAGGGGAUCAAAUACUUUUUUCCCUCACUGUAUACUUGGAUGUGUAGUGUCAGCGUUUGUUGCUGGCAUGUCAUGCCUAAGUUUGCUAAUCUUGCCAAGUGCAACGUCUGUUUGCUCCUCAUUACACACCAGGGACCAACAAAUAUUCUUUACAUCAACAACAUAGGAAUCACUACAAAACUUAUACAAAACUGCAAAACGUAUACACUAUGUUAGGCCCAGCCUUUGGAACUUUGGUUUUCCUAGAUAUGGCUACUAUAUUGUGAUCACUACAUCCGAUGGAUCUGGAUACUGCUUUCAAGCAUUAUCGUCUGAGACAACAGAGUACAUGUUCACACUGGAGAAGUGUGUACUUCACGGAUGAAUCCUGGUUUCAACUGUACCGCGCAGAUGGCAGACGUUGAUGUCAACGUUGUGAACAGAGUGCCCUAUGGUGGCGGUGGGGCUAUGGUAUGGGCAGGCAUAAGCUACAGACAACGAACACAAUUGCAUUUUAUCGAUGGCAAUUUGAAUGCACAGAGAUACCGUGACGAGAUCCUGAGGCCCAUUGUUGUGCCAUUAAUCUGCUACCAUCACCUCAUAUUUCAGCAUGAUAAUGCAUGGCCCCAUGCCGCAAGGAUCUGUACACAAUUCCUGGAAGCUGGAAAUGUCCCAGUUCUUCCAUGGCCUGCAUACUCAUCAGACAUGUCACCCAUUAAGCAUGUUUGGGAUGCUCUGGAUCGACGUGUACGACAGCGUGUUCCAGUUCCCACCAAUAUCCAGUAACUUCGCACAGCAAUUGAAGAGGAGUGGGACAACAUUCCACAGGCCACAAUCAACAGCCUGACCAACUCUAUGCGAAGGAGAUGUGUCGCGCUGCAUGAGGCAAAUGGUGGUCACACCAGAUACUGACUGGUUUUCUGAUCCAUGCCCUUACCUUUUUUUUAAGGUAUCUUUGACUAACAGAUGCAUAUCUGUAUUCCCAGUAAUGUGAAAUCCAGAGAUUGGGGCCAAAUUUAUUUAUUUCAAUUGACAGAUUUCCUUAUAUGAACUGUAACAUUGAUAAGCAGGGCGUAUACUUCGUCAUAUCAAAUAACACAAUAACAAACGUUUACACAGCAAGUGGUUCAUUGAAACAGACUGAGCAGUGUUCAGGGACUCAGACAUAGAUCUGUAUGUGCAAAGUUGAAAUUAAUUAAAGAACGCACAUUUUAGUGAGGUGCUGAAUUUCCUUGCUAAGACAGAAUAAUAUGGUAUCCAGAAUAAUAACAUCUUACCCAAUCUGAUAGCAGUAAUAUAAAGCUAUGUAGUGGUUUUGACACACUACUGAAGUUGAGGUGUAAUUUGUGUGUAAUUACCUUUUUAGCACAUUAUUGUGGUAAUUAUGUCACCUGCUGGUCAUGUUAAGUAUUCUAUUUCCAAUCAAUUUCUCUCAUUUUGCUCUCUGUCUUCUGUAUUUACUAUUCUGUUCUCCUGAUGUAUUUUUCUGUCUAUAACAUCUGACUCUUAUGUUCCCCUGUCCCCUUGACCUCCUCCCCCUUUCUUUCUCUUUUCAUAUCUCCUUUCCUCUGCUUUCUUUCUUUCUUUUUCUUUUCUUUCUCUCUCUAGAUGUCAUAUAACAUGGUAUGGGUGUGUAACCGGCUGCGUCGAAUGAAGCUGCUAUGUAAGACUAGUGCACUGGCGGACGAGGAACUGGUGAGUAAGGCUGCCAUGACAGUCCAACCAAGAGUUACACUUGAACGAAACCCAUUACAUUAUGGUAAUAAAGUGUGCCCCUUAUUUCAACCUCUAUUGCUAAAAAUGCUAUUAAUUGCAAAAUAUUUAUUCUAUACAUAAAAUAUUUCCAGGCUUUGAAAACGAACAGGUGAUAUAGCCUACUGUAUCAUUAACUCACGGCUUAUCAUCCAAGCUUUGCUUAUCUCUUUUGAUGUGUUGGAUGAUAUCAUCAGCAAUUGAAAAGCAGGCCAAAUAUUUUGAGAGAAAUUAGUGAGGAGUUCCAGAGUAAGGAAAAUCACAUAAAUAAAUAAAAAGGGUAGAAAACAUUGCAAAGAACUUGACUGUAUUUAAAUACAAGCAAUGUUGUACAUGUACCAUAGUUGCUGGAACCGUUCUGGAAAGAACAAUGUGAAAGAAAAUAACCGAGCCAGCACACUAUGAUUUGUGUCUGCCCUAUAGUGUGAAUCAGGUAACUAACCUGCUAUAUCUCUCCUCGUCAACAGAGACAGUGUGAGAGUGACCAGGAGGACACAGAGACCAAGCCAGCAUCUCUCAUUCGCCGGCGACUCAGCAGCAGUUCAUAGACUCGACCACCAGGUGGGAGUCAGCAUCAAGCUGCAGUGCACACUUCCCAUUACAGUGACCUAACCAAGCCUACAGUAUUUGCCCUCCCCUUUACCAGGCCUCGAGGGAGGGUAAGAGGAUAAGAUGGGCACACAAUAAGGAAUUUUCAGGCUCUAUGUCCCUACAUGAGACUUUUCCCUGAUGAAGUGGAAUGGAAUCUACAGAACAAUUCUUGCCUAUCAAGCUAUUUCCCGAAAGGCCCGUCAAGGCUUAACUUUAGGUUCAAUGCACUUCAGGUGGAUUGAAAGUGGUGGAGGUAGUUCUACUAAGUGCACAAAUACAAGUGUGUGAUGGCUUCCGUGAGUGAGAAAUCAUUUUAAAAGGCUCUCGAUGGGGUAAAACGCAAGAAAACCAAGCAUUACUUGUUUUUCGAGCUCUGCUCAGUAUUACUGUGGUUUAUUGCAUGUUUUUAUGGUGCUUUUGCAGUUGUAAAGGUCAACUGAUAGCAGGUGUGACAAUAUUGUUCUUAUGGUGAAGUUACUGAUUUGGGGAUGUACAGUACUAGAUUGCACCAUGUAGGGUUGUUUAAACCUGAGGCAUAUCUGUACGUCUAGUAUUCUUCCAAUAAAAGGGUGGAUGGAAAUUGAACGCAAACCUCAGAAUUUAGUAGGUUUUAGUCUUCCAAAUGUGUUUUUGACAAUUUUAUUAAGCUUUCAUUACUUUACCAAAUAUGAAUAUAUUAUGUUAUAUACAGUAUAAUAGAAUUAUACAAUAUAAUGCUAUACAAUAUCUAUAUCGUAGUGUCCUGAACAUGAUUACCAAGUGUUCUCGUAUUGUACAUGCAUGAUGGACGAAUGUUUUAAGAUAACUAACCAGUAUAAAUAGCACAGCAAAUCAACUUUUAAAGGUUCUACUCAUAGAAAUAGGAUGAAGAAUGAAUUCCAGUUCUGUGUUUCUACUAAUCCAAUACUGACUUCCUGCAUACAGUGAAUACUCUGAACACUCAAUGCUUUACUGAACCAGUAGGAUUACUGACAAGAUCAUACAGUGAUGUAUGAGAAAUAACGUGACAUCAUGUUGGUCGAUGAAUUGUAUUUUUGUGAGAAUUGUUUUUGUUUUCUGUUUCUCUAAGAAGUUUAAGAAUGUAAUUUUUUUUGUUUUAUUUUAUCAUAACCUUGUGAAAAUACCUAACGACUGUCCGUGUUAAGUGUGGUUAUUUUAAAUAAAAUAACAUUGUUGUCAACA